GAAGAUCGUUUUAUUAAAACUACAAUUACAAGAAAACGAGAGAAACACGUACUACGCGUCCUUAGAUGGGUUGAACGUUCCUGACAGCCCGACAUUCGCCAACUACAGAUAUUAUAUCAUUGACAUUAUAAAGCGGAUUACAAAAAGAUGUUCUAUUAACGCCAGUAAAAGAGCUACAACGAUAAACGUAAAUUGACAGUGCAUUGGCGCAACGAUGGCUAUGAAAUAAGCUUGAUAAAACUCGAUCGUUUUUACGUUUGCGUAAUGGCUAAACCAGCUACAUACUGCAACAGAUCAGACGACAUAAUGUAUUAAUUAACAAUAUUCUUCAUUCCGUCUUCUGACCAGGGUUGGUAAUCUUACAAUGCAAUAUCUUAACAACUGAACCGCAGCCAGAGCUUCUCCAUAACGAAUAGAAACUACAGUAAAACCUUGGAUUGCGAGAACUGUACUGGAAUAAUGCCCCCCAUGAAGAUAAAAGCUGAAAAGAAAGGCAGUAAGAAGAAGGAGAUGAUUACGGUGGAAGUUAAGAAGGAAAUCAUCGAGAAGCACGAACGACGUAUGCGAGUGGCCGACAUUGCAAGAUUUUAUAACAAAUCUACGUCGACGAUUUGCACAAUAUUAAAGAAGAAAGAAGAAAUAAGGGCGCUAGAUGCAGCAAAAGGAGUCACAAGGGUAUCAAAGCAACGGCCACAUGUUCUGGAAGAUGUAGAAAAGUUGCUUCUUGUGUGGAUAAAUGAGAAGCAACUAGCAGGUGAUACUGUGACUGAGAACUUUAUCUGCGAGAAGGCAAAGACCUUGUACACAGACCUUGUAAGUAAACUGCCGGGUACGUCGACCGAAAACAAAGGCUUCAAGGCAAGCAGGGGAUGGUUUGAUAACUUUAAGAAGAGAAGUGGCAUCCGUAGUGUUAGGCAUGGAGAGGCUGCGAUUUCGGACGCUAAGGCAGCUGAGGCGUUUGCUGACGAGUUCCAGAAGCUCAUGGUUUCUGAGUGUUACCUGCCGCAGCAAGUUUUUAACUGCAAUGAGACAGGGCUUUUUUGGAAAAAGAUGCCGAAGAGGACCUACAUUACGGCAGAAGAGAAUGCGAUGCCCGGUCACAAGCCCAUGAAAGACCGUCUCACCCUCUUGUUAUGUGCUAAUGCAAGCGGGGAUUUCAAAGUCAAACCCCUGCUCGUGUAUCAUUCCGAGAAUCCACGAGCCUUCAAGAAAUGCAGGGUGCAGAAGAGCCAGUUAAACGUUAUGUGGAGGUCCAACAGCAAGGCUUGGGUCACUCGUAUCUUGUUCGUUGAGUGGAUAAAUGAGGUCUUCGGUCCUGCAGUGAAGAAAUACCUUUUGGAAAAGAAUCUGCCACUCAAAGUCUUGCUAGUUAUGGAUAAUGCUCCUGCUCAUCCUCCAGGCCUUGAGGAUGACUUACUGGAGGAAUUCGAGUUCAUUAAGGUCAAGUUCCUUCCUCCCAAAACCACUCCACUGCUCCAGCCCAUGGAUCAGCAGGUCAUUUUGAACUUUAAAAAACUUUACACCAGAGCACUAUUUCAGCGAUGUUUCGAGGUGACCGAAGGAACCAACCUUACCCUCCGAGAGUUUUGGAAAAAUCAUUUCCACAUCGUGAACUGCCUCAAGAUCAUCGAUAAAGCCUGGGAUGGGGUCACCAAGAGAACCCUCAAUUCUGCUUGGAGAAUGCUGUGGUCUGAUUGUGUUCUUGGACAUGGCUUUGAGGGGUUUGCUUAUGAACAGGAGCCGCCAGUUGUCGAUGAGAUUGUGUCUUUGGGGAAGACCUUGGGACUGGAGGUGAAUGAGGAAGAUAUUCAAGAGCUGGUGGAGGAACAUGGCCAGGAGCUGACCACCGACGAACUAAUGGAUCUGCGUCGCGAGCAACAGCAAGAGGUUAUGGAGGAGAUCUCGUCUGAGGAGGUGGAGAAAAAUACGGUGGAAUCUCUCACUUCAAGUGAGAUUAGGGAGAUGUGUAAAAUGUGGGAAAGAGUGCAAAAUUUUGUAGAAAAGCACCACCCGAAUAAGGCUGUAGCAGUGCGAGCAAUGAAUUUGUUUAAUGACAGUGCAAUGUCACAUUUUCACGAAAUCCUGAAAAGGAGGCAAAAGCAGUCAUUAGAUAGUAGGGGUGUAGUGAGAUCUCGUGUCACAAAAUCUCGGGAUAUUACAACAUGGUGAGAUUUCUCGUAAGAGUGAAAAGCGAUUUCGUGAAGGCGCUGCAAAUCAGCUGCUGUGAGCAUGAUGACGUCUGACGAAAUUACCAUAGCAGAUGCCCCAGACAUUUUUAAGUCUUGUGUGGCAGCAUUUUGGGUACCCGGCGGAAAAUAUAAAUGCAGAAAGGGUGACCGAUAAAAUACAAACCAUCUGUAAGCAUUUUAGGAAAAUAAUGCCGUACACAGCGGCUAAUGCUACUACUAUGCAAAGCCAUUUGCAGCAGCAUCAGAGAUCUUUACUUAAAUCCACUGCACCGGUGAAGAAAACAUUAAAAAAAAGUUUUAUGUUUGUUAUUUAUAUUGUUUUAUUUAUAUUCUGUUUUAUGUUCAACUUAGACGUCAAAUAGGAGAGAAGCCUGUCGUUUGAGUUUGUGGUGAAAUAUUUUAUGGUGCUAGAUAUUUGUUCUGUUCCUUACUGCAUACGAUGAUGGUGAUACUUAAAACAUUUCAACAUAAAUCUGCGUUAUUUAGCAUUUUUUGUCUUUUAAAUUAAAUAAAAGGCUGCUUUCCAGUAAUAUGUAUCCUCUUUGAAGUUUUACUCAAAAUAUUGUUAAAAUAUCGCCUCAUCUCGUUCUUGUGAACCCGAUAUCAUGUCUCGUCUCGUCUUGUGGGCUGAGUAUGUCGUUACACCCCUCUUAGGUAGGUCCCUUAUUAAAGUUGCACAAAAAGAAAAGGAUUCCGUUAGUUAUACAAAUUAACAAAAUUAUGUUUAAAUGAUCUUCAUGUUGUGUAAAACUAUGAUAUUAUGUCUGCCAAAUUGUGCAAGCUUAGUCAUUUGAAAACCUUUUCUAAAACCACCCCAGUAUUUGCAGCAACCAUCUGAAAGAUCAGUGUAUUUUUUUGACUCAACCACUACCCCACCUUGUUUGGGUAAUCAAUGCAUCAUCAAAUUAGUUAACUAAGUUAAUUAAUUAAUUGAUCUGGUGGUGAAAUUUAAUGACUACAUGGAAUGGCUGAGGCGCCCCUGAGGAGUGGUUUGGGAACUGAAGCGGUUUUCAUCAAGCCGUCCAACAAGAUAACUUUUUGGAGAACAGAUAAAAUUCUUGCUUGUUGCUUUGUGUGACUUUUAAUUUGCAUUAAAAUUAAUGUGUGUUUUUUUGAGCACUUACUACCCAGAUUUCUUUCACUGCCUAAGACAUUUCACAGUAUUGUACAUAAGAAUCAUACCCUUGAUCAUGAGAUCAUAUUUGGAGUAUGUAUAUUUUUUUGUCUUUCUAAUAAAUGAAUCAAAAAAUAUAUAAAUUUUCCCUUUUCACUA